CUUCAUUCUCUUUAAGCUCUUCUCUGUUGCGCUGGACGCUGAUGGCUCAUCUGACCAUUGUUUUAUUCGCAUUGUCUGCAAUAUUUUUUCCGCAACUCAGCAGGGCCUUGCCCUACGGCUUAGACAAUAGAGAAGUAUCUACUGGAGGAUUCGAUCCUUCGAGACUCACCAAGGAUACGCUCAGUACCGCCCAGAAUCGCGGGAGGUCGAGUGUCUUGCCGCUGAAAAGGAGUGCACAAAAGAUAACCUCGAUGGGCUUAGGGGACCAGUAUGACGUGAUAUAUGAUGUAGUCAUACAAAUCGGCAACAUCAGUACUCCUGUGCAACUAGACACUGGAUCUAGUGAUUUAUGGGUUAUCACAGAUGCAUGCAAGACCCAGAGUUGCAACUCUACAACGAGUCCUCGCUAUCCUUCGGCGUCAGUAUCGAAUCCUGAGCUCAACUUCACAAUAGACUACGGCGAUUCUCUUCACCGAGCCAUGGUCUCGGGGUCCAUCAACAGUGAUAGUGUGCAAUUCGCCGGAUUCAGCAUGAGCAAUCAGCUUUUCGGGGCUGUCAAUGUCUCUAAUACCUCGGUACAUCAAUUCAAUGAUGCAGGCAUCGUCGGGUUUGGCUUCCCACUCUUGAGCGCGAUUGAACGCGAUAGUGCAAGAAGUUCGUCAGAUCUGGCAUCAGGCCAAAGGAACCUUGCGGACCAGUUCUUCUCAGCCAUGGCAGAGAAUGGCACCCUAUUAUCUCGCUUAGCCGUUUCCGGCCAACUAGAGCAGGCGAUGUUCUCGUUGGCUUUACAGCGAGAUGUGAUUGACAUUAGCAGUAAUCCCGGCAGAUUAACCUUGGGAGGGUUGCCCAACGGUAUCGAUAACAAGUCACUGACAUGGGUACCUGUACGGCUAUACACGGAAGAGAACGGCGGUGCCGCUCCUCCAUCAUUCGCACCCAGCGAGACUUAUCCUCUCUACUGGGAGGUAAUGCUGGACGCAGUAUAUUUUGAUGGCAAGAAACUCCCUAAUCCGACUGGCAACAUCUCCCAGGGAGUAUCUGCCCUUAUCGACAGCGGCACGUCAUUCAUUCUAGGGCCGCAAAAUAACAUCCAGCAGAUUUUCGGGACUGCAUGCGAUACGCAACAUACUUUGGCUUUCGAAAUCGGUGGGAAGAUGUUUCCCGUUGAUCCCCGGGAUCUUCUCAGUCAACAGCUCCGUGGAAAUCCGUCCGUGUAUAAUGCCUGCGUGGCGAGCGAUAGCUUCGCUACGGAUCCAGCUCAGAGAGGCGCCUUGUUUAGUUGGGUUCUAGGCGAUACGUUCUUCAAGUCAAAUCUUAUUGCGUUCUACUUUGGGAAUUUGACGCAUCCUUCGGCUGACCCACCCAGGAUAGGAUUUCUUUCGACGGUUAGCAGCGAUGCCAGCAAAACGUUCACGGCAGACAUCAAGAAGGCUCAGGAGGAUCGAGGGGCUUUCACUUACACCAGCGACAGCCCAUAUGUCGCAGCCACAGCCACAGCCACAGCCCGUUCAUCCGCUAGCGGGAUGCACGUCACAGACUCCAUUUACAUGCCCUUAUUUACAAGCCUUGCUUUGUUCUCCUUGCUCCGGCUGUAAGUAGCCGGUAAGCGUGGAUGGGUUAGGAAGUCGCCAGGAGUGCAAAGUCAAGAGAGCACAUCUAUGAUAGGCAAUAUGCCAGAAAAAGCAAACAAAGCCGUCCACGGCAAUUUCAGAGGAUAGUAUUGAGCGACUGCGGAGUGGGAGCCGCAGCUUCGAGGAGCUGAAGUCUUUCAUAGGAGUCCAAUGUACAUGAUUACAGACAUAGAGAUAAUGUAUCAUGCAAGAUGAGGCCGCAAUACGACUUGUCAGUAGAGGGC